AUGUGUGGCUUGGCACAGUUCGAUACAAUUGGCAGUCUCCAUUCAAUGAAGGCUCCUAAUGGAGCCGUUGUGCGAGAUGAGCUGGUUUUCACCUCGAGACGAGAUUUUCGGUCGCUAGCAAGCGUAGGAAAAGAACUGAAAGAUAAUUUCUUGCGGGCCCUGGCGGAAAGAGAGGAAGCCAAUCGUACUGGAAAAAUUUCUACCAUAAUCUUCAUUCGUGACCGCAAUUCUCGUCGCCAGGAGGUGUCUGCAUACAUUGACUACGCACACAGACUGGCAACAGAUGAUUUUGAAGCCUACUUCAGCGGGAAGAAAAGACUUUUCCCUCGGAACACUGAUUUGAGCUUUUACAACUGGGAUAGAAAUGUCAGCACGUCAAAUUCCAGCCCAAAUUACCAAGUGAUUGCAGACAAUGCCUGCGGACUACUCUUUGAGAACAAAAGUGAUAGGAAAAUAAUAAAUGUGGAUCCUAAGGCCUGCCCAGGAGACAACACAACACGGACGCCUGUUGAAACGGAUCUCUACCUGCAUGUUGUUAUCUAUGACCAUAUCAUCAGAAGAGGCACCUAA